AGAAUUACAUUUUCCUCAAAAUGCAUUGUAUCUAUCAUACUAUAACAAAACACAGUCUAAAUUCUACAGGAUUUGAACUAUUCCACAUUCCCUUAUUAGACUGAAUCUUAUUUUGUUCUGUAUAUAGGGCCUAUACCGUACACAUGGGGCACAUAGAGUACUUGGUACAUCGUGUCUGUUUCCACACUCUUGUCUCUGCAUUUCUUACCUGAUGUCCUCAUAAAACCCCGUCAUAACCACAUUAGGCCUCAAGGGGGCGCUGCUCCUAUUAGGACGCUUUCUGAAGACCACUAAAAGAGGCUGUCCUUGUGUACAAGUCUGUGCUCCCAUUCAUGCAGAGUGUAAAGCAGUCCCCGCCGACAGGCUAGCCGUGUCUCAUCCUCGUCUAAACAGAAAGCCCAGCUUCCUUGGACUGAUAGAAAGGGCCGUUUCUGCUGCACAGGGUGGAUCAUGUGACGUUGGAAAGUAGCAUGGGGGAAGGGACUGACUACCGAAACACUCCGCUCUGUGGAUGCUGCUACCUCCGAUGACUGAAAAUUGACCCUGUUUAGAAGUAGCCACCAUGGCAGAAGCUCAUCAGGCGGUGGCCUUUCAGUUCACCGUCACCCCCGAUGGUAUUGAUCUCCAGCUGUGCCAUGAGGCGCUACGCCAGAUCUACCUCUCUGGCCUCCACUCCUGGAAGAAACGCUUCAUCCGCUUCAAGAAUGGGGUGAUGACAGGUGUGUACCCAGGCAGCCCUGCUGGCUUCAUGGUGGUUGUGGUGUCCUACAUGUCCUACAAUAAAUACCAAAAGCUGGAUCCAUCCCUGGGGUUGAUUGCCAAGCUGGGCCAACACGUACCAAUCAGUCGAUACAUGUCCACAGACAGCCAGAAGAUAGUUGGAGGAGUUCUGGUGGGGACGGGCCUGUGGGUCACCAUAAUCAUGAUCAUGAGGAAUGUUCUCAAGUGCCUGCUGUCAUGGCACGGCUGGAUGCGGUCACGACAUGGCUCUGUAUCGUGGACCACUCGUGCGUGGAUGUUAUUAGUGAAGGUGUUUUCUGGCAGGAAGCCAAUGCUCUACAGUUUCCAGAACUCUUUACCACGGCUACCUGUUCCCACAGUCAAGGACACCUGCACGAGGUACCUGGAGUCGGUGCGCCCUCUGAUGGAAGAUGAGCAGUAUGAGCGGAUGAAGGGUUUGGCUAAAGACUUUGAGAAGAAUUUGGGUCCCAGACUGCAGUGGUAUCUCAAACUCAAGUCCUGGUGGGCCUCCAACUAUGUCAGCGACUGGUGGGAGGAGUAUAUUUACCUUAGGGGUCGUGGGCCUAUUAUGGUCAACAGCAACUACUAUGCCAUGGACUUCCUGUACGUGUUCCCCACCCCAAUCCAGGCUGCCCGGGCAGGUAAUGCCAUCCAUGCUAUCAUGCUGUACAGGAGAAAACUGGACAGAGCCCAGAUCAAGCCAAUUUACUUGCUGGCAAACAAGGUUCCUCUGUGCUCGGCUCAAUGGGAGCGGAUGUUUAACACCACCCGCAUCCCUGGUUUGGAGACAGAUGUAGUUCAGCACAUGAAUGAGAGCAAACACAUAGCUGUGUACCACAAGGGACGCUUCUUCAAAGUGUGGAUGUUUUAUGACGGGCGGCUGCUGUUGCCUAGGGAGAUAGAGCAGCAGAUGGAGAGGAUCUUGGCUGACAAAUCAGAACCUUUGCCAGGCGAGGAGAAACUAGCCGCUCUGACUGCAGGGGAAAGGACUCCAUGGGCCAAAGCUCGUGAGGCCUACUUCAGCCGUGGUAAGAACAAGCAGGCUCUGGACGCCAUCGAGAAGGCUGCCUUCUUUGUGACCCUCGAUGACACGGAACAGCGCUUUGAAGAGUCCAACCCAGUCAAGUCUCUGGACAGUUACGCCAAGUCUCUGCUCCAUGGAAAGUGCCAUGACAGGUGGUUUGAUAAAUCCUUUAAUCUGAUAGUCUUUAAGAACGGCACCAUGGGACUGAACGCAGAGCACUCCUGGGCAGAUGCCCCGAUCAUUGGCCAUCUAUGGGAGCAUGUCCUGUCCAUGGACCCUGUUAAGCUGGGAUACACAGAGGAUGGUCACUGCAAUGGGACGCCCCACCCCAACCUGCCAGGUCCUCAGAGGCUACAGUGGGAGAUCCCCGCUGAGUGCCAGGAGGAAAUUGAGAGCUGUCUGACAGUGGCCAGGACUCUGGCUGAUGAUGUGGACUCUCAUAUUUUCCCCUUCAGUGACUUUGGGAAGGGUCUGAUUAAGAAGUGCCGCACCAGUCCUGAUGCCUUCAUCCAGAUCGCCCUCCAGUUGGCCCAUUACAGGGACAAAGGAAAGUUCUGCCUGACGUACGAAGCCUCCAUGACCCGGUUGUUCCGUGAGGGCCGAACAGAAACUGUGCGCUCCUGCACCAUGGAGACGUGUGCCUUUGUCCGCUCCAUGAUCAGAGAUGAAACAAGAGAGGAGCGUCUGAAGUUGCUCAAACAGGCAGCGGAAAAGCACCAAAACAUGUACCGCCUGGCAAUGACAGGACAGGGCAUCGAUCGUCACCUUUUCUGCCUCUACGUGGUUUCCAAAUACCUGGGAGAAGACUCAGCCUUCCUCAAGGAGGUCCUGUCUGAACCUUGGAGGCUGUCCACCAGCCAGACACCUCUGCAGCAGCUUGAACUGUUUGAUCUGGUGAAACAUCCUGAAUAUGUGUCCUCUGGAGGCGGAUUUGGCCCUGUUGCGGAUGAUGGUUAUGGUGUCUCUUACAUCAUUGUUGGUGAGAACCUCAUCAAUUUCCACAUCUCCAGCAAGCAUUCAAGCCCAGAAACUGAUUCCCACCGUUUUGGCGGCAACAUCAGACAGGCCAUGCUGGACAUGCUGGAGCUCUUCCAGCUCAACAAGAAAACCAACUAAAAUGCUAGAAGUUGUUUGUAGAAAAACAUAUAUUCUUCCCGAAGCUUGUACAGAAUCAAAUGUUGGAUUUGGGGUUAUUUUAAGUUAACUGUCUGGAAAUAAGUACGAUUGAGAGGUAUUUGGAACCAUUUCUGUCUGUGUGUGUGUGUGAGGCGUUUUUGUGUACUGUAUGUAUAGGCAAGGUGAGAUUCAGGUGGUGUUAGGUACAGGUAGUGCACAGAUCAAAGUUUUUAUUUCCAGAACUGUACGCACCAGUGCCUUAGAGACCACAAAUGUAAAAUAAAAAAGGGCAGAAAGGGAGGAAGAAAAGUAGAGCUGCUGUAGUCUGAGAUCAGCUCUGUUUUGACAUUUCAGCUGAAGGAGAGUGAAGUAGCAUCAUCCAAUAUUUGAAUCACAUUUUAAGUUGAGAGAUGGUGCAAUAUUUCUACUAGUUUUUGUCCUAGUGUUGAAAAUCCUUUGGAUAAUUUCAAGUUUUCUUCUUAAUGGCAGCACCUGAGUCACAUGGAUCUGGCCAAAGGAGCAAGUCAAUGUCAAAUAUCGUUAAAAGGCGCAUGUUGCUUUGUGUCCCAUUAUUUCACAUGAUGUAGUUUAAGUAGCUUGAUAUGCAAAGCUGAACAGUGAUCCUCUACUGACAGAUGCAAAAAGUAGAUCUUUACUGAGAGGAAUUACUGUCAGCGUGGAUACCAGCUCAAAAGGUAGGGAGCUAUUGCUAUCAUCUAAUCAAAGGACACUCAUUUCUUUUUUACUCAAGCUUGCAGCUUGUGUUUUUUUUAGCUGCAAUGUUUCAUGAGGUAGUGGCAUGGGAAGAUCAUGUUCAUGUGUGCAUAUGUUUUUUGUUUUUUCUUCCAUUCUCAGGUUUUAUUAACUUAGCCUAAUAUUCUGGGAGUUCUGGCUAGAGCAUUUGAAGGAAAUACUUACAAUGCAGUACAAUAUGACCACGAUAGGUAGUGUAACAAGUUUGCUGUGGAGGUGAAGGAUCGACAAGACAGUGUGUGUCUGAGGUGAAUCUCACAAACCGACAGUGACUUGUUUUUUUUUUUUUUUUCCAGCUCCUUGUGUUAAAAAGGGGGGUUAACUGUACUUUUAACUCUGUCUUGCACUCCAUUACUGGCCCUUUAGUUCAAAAAUAAAAUACCUAACUAUUAUGGUAGCCUUUUGUCAAAUCAACAUGGAUGUAAACUAAUGAGCUAAUUGUAAAGUCGUCAGUAAAAUGGUGUUGCAGCUGUAAAGAUGAAAAGCAGAAUCGCCUAACAGCUCGUAAUGUCUCAGUACAGUAGGAUAUCAUUGUUUCUGUUGGGUUCAUGUUAGGAAGUGCAGAUAUACACAGGCUGUCAUGUUGUUGGAAUGCAUUUCUGUUAUGUAUAUGUUGUCAGUUCGUAUUAUUUAUUUUCUUUUAGGUUUUACUUAAUUCACAAAACAGAAAAAUGCAGAAUGAUCAGCACUAAGUUAAAGCAUUGUGAAUUGAAGAAUAAGAAACAACGAAAUGCUUCCUUUUAUUUAAAACAUGACAGUUCUAUUAUCCCAGACUUCACCAGUACAUUGUAGUUGUACGACUUUUUAUCUCAAUAGACCUCAUGUUUACGAUGCUGCAUGGUUUUUGAAGAUUAAGCUGUAUAUGUUUGCCUUUAAUUUAAAGAUGUGUAAAAAGACAAGCAGCUGAUAUACCAAAACAUGUUUUAACAAUAAAGUGAAUGUCUGACAGCUGUA